AUAUAAAAUGACGUAGCCAUGCAUUAAUUCACUACAUAAACUGUGUUCAGAUUUGAUUUAAUCUACAAUCGUUUUCUUCACUCAGGUUGUUGCAGAAAGAAAGAUGGACCGUAAUGAUGAGAGAAUCAAAAGAGCUUUAAGACGCCGCCCUUAUGUGUUGAAACCAGUGAGGGUGAACACCCCUGAUUCCGUGUUGUGGCCAACCGGCAAGGUGCACAGAAGGCCAAAGCCUUCUACUUCAGUGCAGACCCCUCAGAUCCACAAAAGGCCUCCAAUCAUUGUGAGCUAUGGGCAGGACCAAACAUCUGGGGAUGGAUGGAGCAUCAAUCCAGAGCCUCUCAGCCAGUCUGGAAGGGUGACUCGGCUGAUGGAGAGAAAAUAUGAUGUGACCUCAUCCUCCAGUUCUGAUGACUUUUCCAUCUACUCCUUCACUGACUGUGAAUCGGAGUGUGAUGAUGAGGAUCAUGAAAGGAGGACACCACCGCUGAAAGUUGAGGAUGGAAAGGUGACCAAGCUUGACGUGAGGGUUAUGGACGAGGAUGAUGAUCUGUCUCUCCACUCCUUCGAUGAGUCAGACUUCCUGAGCCCAGGGAAGGACUCAAGUCCUGUAUCUGUCAAGAAUGGUCUCUCUCCUCUUGUGACCUCAGCACACCGGAACCUGGCUGAAGCCCUACGGGCCCUGCCCUCUGCUGUAGGCUCUCCCUACCCAGUAAAUGUCCCAAGGCCUCUGACUCCUCUCAGCCCUGUCAUUAUCGCUCCGCCCCGAACAGAGAACUUCCCAUACCGCCACAGCCCUCGCAUGGCUCCCAUCACCAACCUGAGCGAGUCCGGCAGGAAGCUGCUCCAGGAAAUGGCUGGAGUGGCCCCACAGGUUUCUUCAGUGGCCGCUGCCCAAACUGAGAUGUUCAAAGAAAUAAUGGCAAACUAUUACUUCUACCCACACACACACACACACACACACACACACACACACACACACACACACACACACACACACACACACACACACAUUUUGAGUAUUGGUUAUUCUUACAACACACACAAACGUAAUUUCAGAGACAGGAAUUAUGAUUAGCAAAAUACAUAUAUUGGUCUCAUUCUUAUAUUUUGAGACAUGCAGCAUUAUA